CAAGCGGCCAGAACUUACUGCAGUGCUAUUGCAGAAGCUUCUGCCGGCUGCAAGCAAGCAAGCAAGCAUGAGCGCCUCCGUGGCGUUGCACUCCGUUCGCCUCCUUCUCCUGCUGGUUGUUUGGGGUGUCUUGGACGUCGGGAGCAGCAGCAGCACUCCCGCAGCUGAUACUUCGACAGCACAAAAUCCCAACCAGGAAACAACUUCCAGCAAUGGAAUUUUCUCUCAGAGAACUUCCACUUCAGCUCCACGUUCCGUUACACAAGCGCCGAUCCUGCCUUUCAAGAAGUAUAAUUUAACCAUGAAGGAUUCCCCCAAAGAUUCAGUGCUUAAAACCAUCAUUUUACAGAGUCCAGCUGAGCUUGAACUGUUGUGUAGUUUGGUUCUUAAGCCUUCUAUGGAUGUGGAAGAAAUUGAGGUUGUUUGGAAGAAGGAGAACGAAACAAUAAAAAAUGACAGAAUCUUCAAGAAUGAAAGCAAGAACAGCUGGUGCAGUCGACAUGAGGUAAAUGUCACAACAAGAGACCAACUUGGAAGCUAUACUUGUGUUUAUAAAACCAAACCUGAAGAAGUUAAUUCUACAUUUCAUUUGCAAGUGCCUGAACCUCAUGGAAAAUCUGAGCGCAUAAUCAGUUAUGUAGGUGAUUUUGUGGUCCUGGCGUGUUUGGUUGGCAGUGAAACCCACCAAUAUAACCCAUCUUCCUGGGUUUGGUAUACAAAGAAUGGAAGCGAACAGGUGGCUAUUAAUACUACUCUGAUGCCAGAAAAGUACACCAUUACCCAAGAGCAUGCCAACAUGACAAAACUGAAGAUCAUGGGUCUCUCUGAGGAAGAUACUGGGGUUUACUCGUGUGAAGCCGUGUUUCCUCUAGGUGCAAGAAAAGGCGAAGUGUCUCUCAAAGUUCUCACCUAUAUGACACCCCUCAAGCCAUUUCUUGCAAUAGCCGCUGAAGUUGUCCUUUUUGUUGCUAUUAUUUUUGCCUAUGAAGCGUGCACCAAAAAGAAAGAAUUUCAAGUUGAAGAAGUUGAAAAAGAAUUUGAACAGACGGAGACCCUGAAAACGGAAGACAGCAAUGGUGUGGAAAACAGUACCAGGCAAAGAAAGGUUUAAGUUCUUUGUGGAAGGGGCGAUGAAAGAAACCUAUUGGAAAUCUGACACACUGGAAAACUUCAGGAAGAUGCAGACAAUGGAAUCAUAACUACUUGGCUUCUGAUUAUGGUCUAGAUACUGUAUAUGUAAAAAUAGUGCUUUAAAAUGCCUUUUUAGUAAUGAAUGUAUGAAAUGAUGCUGAUGUCAUACAAGUACAGUCUGAACCCGUGUUGCUAUAUGCAGUUAUAAUCAGUUUUACCAGUUUGGCCCUCUUGGCUACAGGAACCUGACCUUAACAUUCAGCUGUGAGUCUUAAGUAUAUAUGAGAUGCUUUUUUGUAUAUGAGGCUCAGCACUCACUGUAGAAGUUACUCAAGGCUUCAACUGAUUGUUGUGUUAGGAAAGCAGUGCAGCAACAGACCUAAUCCAUACCAGCCAUGAAGAAAAGAUAUAGCAGGUGUAUACUGUUUGUAUUUAGAAUUCUACUGAUAGUAUGUUAUCUCUUCACCCCCUUUAACCCAGAGCAGGUUUGCACAAAUUGAGUCAAGAUGGCAACAUUUUAGCCGCUCAGAAAAUUUUGUGUAGACCCAAAUGCUGCUCUUAGAAUCUCAAGAAUCAUCCUUUUCUUUUUAGAGAAAAAAUGCUUGGAGAAAUCAUUUUAUAUGUUCAGAUAAUAAUUGAAGGGCUUGGAAACUAGGCAUCAAAUAACAGCCCCUGCCUUUAGAUUUUUUUAGUUGUGAUAUUUUAACCAAUAGUAUUGUUUUCAAAUAUUUUCAUGUAGUAAUUCCAGGGUCCUGAGUUUGUCUGUCUGGCAAUAGAGGUAUGCUUUACAUAAGUGCUGGACAGCCAAGGCAAUACGUUCUGGUAAUUAUGGUUAUGUUACUGAUUUAUGACCUCACCAAAGAAUUGUAAAAUUACCACAAAUCUCUGUAUUAAGAAAAACAAAAGAACAGAGACAUUUCUAAAAUAUUUUUAAAAGGCAAUUAUCUCCCAUUUCUUGGAUGUGUAGCUACAUAUUUCUGAAUCCUGAAAUUAAUCUUUUAACCUGUUGCACAAAUGCCCACUCUGAAAAUUGGGCUGAUACUGGUUACAUUUUGUCUGUCUUUUGAUGUUCCCAAGGAUUUUGUAGUAAGAAAAUUAUCACUAAACCUGAACAAGUAAGGUUAUCAGCCUCCAUCAAAUUUUCAGUGUGUUCAAACUCACAUGGACACUGACACAAUCAAGCCAUAGUUGAGAUUUCUUAAGUGACAAUAGCAUCCUUCACCUGAGUAUCAGAAUUAGGACUCUGUAGAGCCUGCCCCCUUCAGCAUUAGGCAUGCUUCUGACUCCACCGCCAGACUCCACCAUCCAGUUUGCAUGGAUUGCCUUUCUUGAAGGAGGCUAUGCAUAAGGAGCAGAGGCAUUCUUGAUGUAGACCCUGUGCCAAUGAUGGACACCUGCAGGUGGGACCACCAGCAUGGCCCUGAGCCCAGUAGCUAUGUCAUCUCUGUACAUUCAAACAAUCCAAACCUUCCAUCAUGUUGCCCAGUGUAGUAUAAUUGUUCCAGGCUUGUCAGAAACCUGGGUAUAUAUUGAGCAUUAUAGGAAGGGAAAUAAGAGGCUGAAUAUCUAAACCUGUACAAUUGCAAUAUGUGUGCAACUUCAGUUCUUCAAGCUCCUUCAGAGGUUAAGUCAGGGGGACAGUGUUUUCUCUUUCUGUAUUCUGUGGGUAUAAUGUGAAUUGAACUUUUAUUUCAUUAAGGACCAAAGUGGAAGCAGACAAUAUUAUAAAGGAUGCAUAAAUGUCUUUAAAAGUCUACCUGUACUACAAAAUGUAAAGUCACUGGUUUUGAUGAGCAUUAAGGAGCAAAAUGGGUAAUGAUCUCUGGAGAGUUCCAGGAUAUUUAUUUGAUGCCUUAAAACUCAUAUGAUACAAGGAUUAUUAAAGACCUGUGAUUUCUGUA